AUGAACGACUAUUAUCAGAUACCCAAUAGUAACAGUAACAACAACAACAACAACAACAACGACAGAAUAGCUGCAACUGCACCAACUACACCAUGCAUUACAUCAAAUCGUUUUUAUCUACCUUAUAACAACAACCAUACUCAUUGUGUAUCACAACAACAACAACAUCAACAACAACAAGAUGAAGUAGAACAACACAAUAUUCCUUCACUUCAUGACUUGAUACACAACUCAACAACAACCUUGGAUAAACAAACAACUGGUACCCAAGACAAUGACAGUAGCAAUACCGACAACACCAAUACCACUUCCACUAACUCCAAGAUAACACUCCAUUCCUUCAACAACUACUUGGCAUCGAUACAUUGUCAAGAAAACUUACAAUUUAUCAUUGAACUCAAUAAAUUCAUGACAUCCUCCUCAUCCUCCUCAUCCUCAUCCAAGAGCACUUCAUCAUUAAGCCAAUGGCAACAGAUUUACUCCAAGUUUUUAAUUGCUGAAUCCGAAUGGGAAGUUAAUUUACCUAGUCGCCUAAGUUCAAAUUUACAUUUUGCUCAAUACCCCAAUGAAUCCACCCUACACAAUUGUAAACUGUACAUUAUUAAUGAACUUUUACAAAAUUUGUAUCACGAAUAUUUGAAAACUGUAACCAAGAAUAAAUGUGGAUUAUAUAGAAGGAGAUCAGUGGCAAUGGGUUCAUUACCAAUGAGGAGGAAUAACAGUGAUUGCAUGGAAAGCAACAAUACUACAACUACAGAGUUUACUUCAAACAUUUUACUGCCCGGAAAACAUACAAGACCAACUAUAGAUACAACAACAGUUAUUGAACAACAAUGUCCUUUAACUCCACCUUAUUCACCACCACCACAACUACAUUUACAACAGAAGCAACAGCAACAGCAACAGCAACCAUCACCACCACAACCACAACCACCACCACCACAACAACAACAACAACAUCAUCAUCAUCAUCAACAAAAACAACACCCUCCAUAUACAGUACUGUCACCAGUUGUACUGCAAUGCUUACAAGUACCAACUUCUGCUACCCUGUCUUCAAACACUCGACCACAGCGAAGCUCACUGUUGGGCCGCCAUAUUUCAUUCUUUGGCAAAAAAAGCAAGAGACGUCACAGUGAUAAUAAUAUUAAAGCCGCCAACAAUACCCAUAAACAUCAUGAUCAUCAUAAACAUGAAGACGACCACCACCGUCACAACACUACUACUCACAAGCACAACCACAACAAGAGUAUCAAACACAAAUCAUCUUCGGCGUUGAUUGAUGGAUAUGACUACUACUCCAUCCCAGUUGUUGAUUACGAUAUAGACCACAAUAGUAUCAUUUCAUCAACAUCAGAAUCAUCUUGUGCCAAUUCAAUUUCAACUUCAUCUUCUUCAUCAUCUCCACCACCACCCCCACUCCCACCACACACUUCCAGAUCACGUACACCUUCAGUAUGUUCCAAUUUAGUAUCUGACGCAUUAUCCUCGUCGUCUUCAGUAGCAUCAACAAAACUGUCUACUGUUGUGGUGACAGAUACAGCCCAGAAAGAGAUGAAUGAUACACCACCUUCAUCAAGAAACAACUCAAGUAGUUCUAAAUCUGGAUCAUCUCAUUAUUUAAAAAACCACAAUGCCACUACGCCCACAACAAUGGUUACUACUAGUCCUAUUACCCCCACUAGUGCCGGUGGUAAUAGUAUACACAAGAUUGUUGAUAAUUCAAAGAGUUAUUUCAGCAAGAUGAAGAAGUUCAAGUUUAGGAGAAAUAGUCAUGAUGAUGAUGAUGGUGAUAAUGAUCGUGAUGCUGAUGGCGACAAUGGAGACGAUGAAGAGUAG